AUGUCUGAUAAGCUUACUCGUAUUGCCAUUGUCAACAGUGACAAGUGCAAACCGAAGAAAUGUCGUCAAGAAUGUAAAAAGUCUUGCCCCGUCGUCCGUACGGGUAAGCUGUGUAUCGAAGUUUCUCCGGAAUCAAAGAUCGCCUUCAUCUCCGAGCGCCUGUGUAUCGGUUGCGGUAUCUGUCCCAAGAAAUGUCCUUUCGGUGCGAUCCACAUCAUCAACCUGCCGACCAACCUGGAAACCCAGGUCACCCAUCGUUAUUCGGCCAACAGCUUCAAGCUUCACCGUCUUCCGAUGCCCCGUCCCGGUCAGGUUCUCGGUCUAGUUGGAACAAACGGUAUCGGAAAGAGUACUGCGUUGAAGAUUCUCAGCGGCAAGCUGAAGCCUAACCUUGGACGUUUUGACAACCCCCCAGACUGGGAGGAAAUCUUGAAGUACUUCCGUGGUUCCGAAUUGCAGAACUACUUCACCAAGGUCCUCGAGGAUAACCUAAAGGCUGUUGUGAAGCCUCAGUAUGUCGACCAGAUCCCUAGAGCAGUGAAGGGUCCUGUCCAGAACGUCGGCGAUCUUAUUAAAGCGCGUUCCCAAAUGGACAACAUGGAGCACAUUUUGGAGAGUCUCGAGCUCAAGCAGGUCCGUGACCGUGACAUUGGCCAUCUUUCCGGAGGAGAGCUUCAGCGUUUCGCCAUCGGUUUGGUCUGUGUUCAGAAGGCUGAUGUUUACAUGUUCGACGAGCCGUCCUCUUACCUUGAUGUCAAGCAGCGUUUGGCCGCCGCCCGUGUUAUCCGAGAGCUUCUGCGACCCGACGACUACGUCAUCGUUGUCGAACACGACUUGUCCGUCCUUGAUUAUCUUUCCGACUUCGUCUGUGUGCUUUACGGAAAGCCUGCUCUAUAUGGUGUUGUUACGCUGCCUGCUUCUGUUCGUGAAGGUAUCAACAUCUUCUUGGAUGGUCACAUCCCCACGGAGAACCUGCGAUUCCGUGACGAGUCUCUCACUUUCCGUCUUACGGAGACUGGUGAUGAUUUUAUGGCCGACAAGGACCGUACUUUCGCCUACCCUACCAUGGAGAAGACCAUGGGUAACUUCCACCUGAAAAUCGACGCUGGUAGAUUCACGGACUCUGAAAUCGUUGUUAUGAUGGGAGAGAACGGAACCGGAAAAACCACCUUCUGUAAGAUGCUUGCUGGCGCCGAGAAGCCUGACGACGGCAAGUCAGUCCCGCGCAUGAACAUCAGCAUGAAGCCUCAGAAGAUUACCCCCAAGUUCCAGGGCACCGUUCGUCAACUGUUCUUCAAGCGUAUCAAGGCUGCUUUCCUGUCGCCGCAAUUCCAGACCGAUGUUUACAAGCCCCUUCGCAUUGAUGACUUCAUUGAUCAGGAGGUUCAGAACCUGUCUGGUGGUGAAUUGCAGCGUGUCGCCAUUGUCUUGGCCCUUGGUCUCCCUGCCGAUAUUUACUUGAUUGACGAGCCUAGUGCCUACCUUGACUCUGAGCAGCGUGUUAUUGCCGCGAGAGUCAUCAAGCGUUUCAUUAUGCACUCCAAGAAGACCGCCUUCAUCGUCGAGCACGAUUUCAUCAUGGCUACCUAUCUCGCCGACCGAGUUAUUGUUUUCGACGGCAAGCCGUCCGUCGAUGCCCACGCCAACGCUCCCGAAUCCUUGGUUACUGGUUGCAACAGUUUCCUGAGGAACCUGGAUGUCACCUUCCGUCGGGAUCCCAACAGUUACCGCCCUCGUAUCAACAAGUACGACAGUCAAAUGGACCAGGAACAGAAGUUGAACGGCAACUAUGUAAGUACCCGACAUAGGACGGUCCUUUCGCCGUACCUACCUUGGUCUGGUGUCAGUUGCACUAUGCUAACAUUUGUCAUCAACAGUUCUUCCUGGAAGAGGAGAGUUGAAGAGGUUGUUCCUGGAAAGCAUGACCGCGAUCAUCACAGGCGCGAUGAUCGCGACUCCCACCGCCGGCAAUACAACCGCCGCGGUGAAUGGAGAACCCUUCAAUUAAUGGCGUUUUUCGGCGUUAUGAAGGCUUCGGCUCGACAUAGGCGGCGGGGUCGCCGUGGUGUGCGCCUCACCGAUGAUAUGGAUGGUGCUACUGAUGAGGAAGAUGGUGACGAAGACGACAAUCCCGACUAG